GGGUUAUAUUAUACAUAUUAUUAGUGGGCUAUCCACCUUUCUGGGAUGAAGAUCAGCACAGGUUAUAUGCACAGAUCAAGGCUGGGGCUUAUGAUUAUCCAUCUCCUGAAUGGGAUACGGUGACUCCUGAAGCUAAGAAUCUGAUAAACAGCAUGCUGACCGUCAACCCAGCAAAACGAAUAACUGCAACCGAAGCCCUUAAGCACCCUUGGAUUUGUCAAAGAGAGCGUGUUGCCUCUACACUUCAUCGCCAAGAAACUGUGGAAUGUUUGAAGAAGUUUAAUGCUAGACGAAAACUUAAAGGAGCUAUUUUGACUACAAUGUUAGCAACAAGGAAUUUUUCUAGUCGCAGCAUUAUGACAAAAAAAGGAGAAGGAUCACAGGUAAAAGAAUCUACUGACAGUAGCACAACACUUGAAGAUGAUGAGGUGAAAGAUGGCACUCAUUCUGGACCCGAACGGAGUAAAACUGUUAUACAAGUAGAUCAAGUAAAAUCCUCUAUCAGCGAUAAUAAAAUAAUCCAUAAAAGAUCAUCGGACAAUAUUCAACUAACAGCUAUAGCAGCAGCACUGAAGAAUAAUAAUGGUGGCAUCUUGGAUCCACGAAAACAAGAGAUAAUCAAAAUUACAGAACAAGUGAUAGAAGCCAUCAGUAAUGGCGAUUUUGAAAUGUACACGAAAUUUUGUGAUCCUCAGAUGACAGCAUUUGAACCUGAAGCCCUAGGUAAUUUGGUGGAAGGAAUGGAUUUCCACAAGUUUUACUUUGACAACGUUUUAGGGAAAAACAACAAGGCAUUAAAUACAACGAUCCUGAACCCAACUGUCCAUUUGUUAGGAGACGAUGCAGCGUGCAUUGCUUAUAUCCGUCUCACACAAUUCAUGGACAAAUCUGGUUUGGCACACACUCAACAGUCUGAAGAAACUCGAGUCUGGUAUAAGAAGGAUGGAAAGUGGCAAAAUGUUCAUUUCCAUCGAUCAGGCUCUAUUUCAUCUCAUUUUAUUGCUGCUCACAAGUAAGAAGAGAGCAGAUUGUCAGAUGGUCAGUCACCCAUCAGUAUUUAUGGCUGGCUGUCACAGCUGAUAAAAGAUCACUCAUCUUCAGUCUGCAUCAAAAAUAUCUAAAAACUAAAACAUAAAAGUAUUUUGAAAAUGGCAUUGUGAGCUUGCAUUAUGUAAUGAUCUUACCUGCUCAGUAAUACAAUAAGUCCCAAUGAUUGCAAUUAAAGCAGACGAAAUGGUUCACAUUUGCUUCGGCUACAUAUCAGUCAUCAGUGGCUGUAGCAACUUGAGGCAAGAUGAACGGAUUGAUUUUAAUAGCUACUAAGUCUGAACCACCACGGUGGAAUCAGCCAAACAGAGAGAUCAAAAAAUUUGCAAUCUCUUCCCAUCACAUUGAUCCAUUUAAUCUGCCUUCCUUCAACAUUCUUUGUCUAUAGUUGAUUUCAUACAUGGUGGCAGUCUUAUCCUUUUUCCCUUAUGAAGUAUGAGAUGAAAUCCUUCAGAUGGUGAUUUAGAAAUGACAACGUAUUUCACAUUAUCAAUACUCAGAUUUUUACAUUAAGCAAAAAAAAGAAAAAAAUAAAAAAAAUAAUAAUAAUUUAUGGAAUCGGUGGUGGAACCUCCGACUUGCAAUUUUUUCUCAUCUUCUAAAUGUGUUCUCAGAAAUUUUCCAAUUGGGAUAUAAAUCUUGUAACAAGCUUUGUUUCUUGGCAAGAAGUAGAUUGCAAGACAAAAAAUAUAUAUAGCUAUAUAUUCUAUUCAAGGGGACAUCUUGCAGGCUGUGGAAUGUAUAUUCAAUUUCUGUAGGAUUAGUGCAAAUUCUAUCUGUUUGCCACCAAUGCUGCAACAUUCAAUUGAAUUGCUGCAUGUCACGGAAAGGACAUUUGUUUUAUUUGGACGGCCGGUCAGUGAAAUAGGCAGCUAGAAUAACUGGGGAUGACCGAUCUUAGCACAUAUAGUGCAUGCUUUGUUCCUGAUGUCAUGCAAUUUGGUAUGACUUUAAAAUAGUUCAACAAUGUUCUUUUUUCAUUGCUUCAAAUUUUUGCCAUUUUGCCUGACGACAAUUACAUAUUUGCUAAGAGCAGUACAAAUUUCCUCCAAGUUCAUUGAAAUAUUGUGAUAUUGUCAAUUGACUAUAGUAUAUAAAAAAAUAAAGAUGUGGACUUGUAUCCAUGAUAUCAUAAUGAUAUGCUUUAUAAUAAAUCCAUAUUUCUAGUCAUUUAUACUUAAGUUUAAAACAGAUUCCAGAAAAAUGGCAUUUUGGUAUGAAAUCAUUCAGUUAAUAGCACAGGAGAUUGAUUUAUAAUAUAGGGGAAAUUCAUAAAAAAAAAUUUAUUUAUAAGAUUUAUAGAUUUUAUUCAAAUAGAUUUUUUAUUUAUUUAUUUGUAAAUAUGUAGCAAUUUCCUAAUUAUAUAUGCUUGCCUAUACUCCCUCCAUUGAAGUGUAAUUAUUUUAAACACUGUGAUUGUAUAUCAUGGAGAGAGAGAAAGAAGAAAGGAAGUUUAGUGUUGCAUUCCUUUUCCUGCCUUUAUGGUCCUAUAAGAGAUCAAUUUUGAUCUAACAAAAUAGUUUACAAUACCAUAUGGGCUGUUGUUAUAUCGGUCAAAUAAGGUUGUGCAAUGGUUGUAAAUGUUUUAUCUAGUAUCUUGCAAAAGGAGGAUGACAAGAUAGAAAUGUUGUUGUAUAUGUGUUAUGAUCCUUAAAAAAAAUUCAGGGAUUCUUACUAGGGUGGGGUUUAUGACCUUAUAUCUCUCUUCAUCUUUUUGGUGAUCAGCAUGAUUGUAUUCUAAUAUGCGUUGUGCAACUAUUUAAAAUGAUGGUUUGAAUUUUGACUGUCCCAAAUUGUUGCUGUAAUUUUCUGAAAAGUGCCACCAAGUCAACAUUCUGGAAAGAUUGGGUAACGUUUGGUGCUACACCCCCUCCUCUUCCUCUGUUCUGAUGGCAAAGUGAUAUUUGUAAAGAGUGCAUACUCUAACAGGUCAAAGAGGUAUAAGCAUAUUUUAUCUGGUAGAGGAAUGGACGUGGGCUCUUUUUGCCAUUAGACAAAAGAAUGGAAACUCAGUUCACAGACAGAUAUUAACAAUGCAUAUUUAAGUGGCUGCCAAGUUAGUUUGCAUCAAUUGAUUAUACAUCAGUUUGGGCAGUCAUCUGGAUUGUCUACAAUCUUGUGAUGUAUGUAAUCUGUAAAAUUUUGUAUUUUAAUAUUACCUUAGACUCAACAGUUGUUGGUGUGAUAUAUCACGGAACAUCUGAAAUGUGACAUUUUUUCGUAGAUAUUGAAAUUUCUGUGAAACUUAGCUUCAUCUUCUUGAGCAAAACAAAAUUAAAUAUUGUUUCAUUGGUGA